CCAAGAGAGAAGGUUGUCGGCUGUUUGUGUCUGAGAUUUUCGGUCUCAGGUUGCCACGCAGUCACGAUUUGUGGUGUACAGUAUAUUGGAAACCGUGCUCAUCCAAAGUUCAUUCGAUGGCUUUGGAAGUUGCCCACGACUCAACAGCAAAGCUUAAUAGCGUGUGAAGCAAAGGAACGUGUGUUUGUCCAAAGGCCUAUUUUGUUACACCAGGUCUGCCCUCAAGCAGUUACGCAAUCGUCAAGGCUACCCUAUCCAUUUUGAGCCAUGGAGGUGAACAAAAACAAGACGCCGAAGCCAAAUCCUAGACUUAACUCCAACUUUCUUUCUGCCCUUGUGUUCUGGUGGGUGAACCCCUUUAUGAGUGUUGGAGCAAAGAAAGAUCUUGAAGUGAACGACCUGUAUGAUGUUAUGCCAGGAGACAAUUCCGAGGAACUUGGACGGAAAUUGCAAAGGGAGUGGGACAACCAAAUAGCUAAAUGUAAACGAGAUGCUAACAAACAGAAGAAAACCAAGCCUAGCCUUACGAAAGCUUUGGUUCGGACAUUUGGACUCAAAUUCCUAUUGGUGGGCCUUCUAGCGUUUCUGGAAGAAUGUGUUUUUAAGAUUGGCCAACCCCUUUGUCUGGGCCAAUUAGUCCACUACUUUGGCAGUGAAAACAAGACAAUAUCCACCACGCAAGCUUACCUUUAUGCGACUGGAGUAAUGUUGGGCUCCGGUCUUUAUACCUUCACGCAUCACCCUUAUUUCUUCUCCUGUCAGCAUACCGGAAUGCAAAUCAGAGUUGCAGCGUGUUCUCUUGUUUAUAAAAAGUGCCUGCUGCUCAGCCAAAAGGCUCUAGGACAAACAACGAUUGGUCAAAUGGUCAACAUCAUGUCCAAUGACGUCAAUCGCUACGAUUUUUCAGUCAUCUUUCUUCAUUAUCUUUGGGUCGGGCCGCUACAGACACUAAUUAGUAUGGUUAUUUUGCUACACGUCAUCGGACCUUCGUGCUUGGUCGGCCUUGCCGUAUUGAUCCUCUUCGUCCCUUUGCAAAGUUGGAUGGGUAAAGUUUUCUCAAAGCUCCGACUGGAAACUGCAAAACGAACUAAUGAAAGAAUCCGUACAAUGAACGAGAUUAUUUCGGCCAUGAGAGUUAUAAAAAUGUACACAUGGGAGAAACCUUUUGCCAAAUUGAUUGCAAAGUGCCGCCGGAAAGAAAUCAACGUUAUUCGGCGGACAAAUUAUUUCCGCGCACUAAAUAUGAGUCUCUUCUUUACUUCGUCAAAACUGAUUAUUUUUUUGACGUUCUUAGUUUUUAUCUUUACUGGUAACCAUUUAACAGCUCAAAAGGUUUUUGUUACCGUUUCCCUUUUCAAUAAUAUCCGCCUUAUAAUGACGCUAUUUUUCCCGGGUGCCAUAACUAUGGCAGCGGAAGCUAGAGUAUCUACUAAGCGUAUCGAAAAUUUCUUAUUGUUGGAUGAAGUUGAAAAAAAUGCUGAGGCAAAAGUGCGCCCAGCGAUAUCCGAAUGUCUGAUUGAAUUAAAUCAAUUAACAGUCAAAUGGCCCGCGGCAGGGGAUAAAGAGGAUAACACUUUAACUGAUAUCUCUUUCAAUGUCCGUCCUGGCCAAGUUUUUGCCGUUGUCGGUCAAGUUGGCUCUGGAAAAAGCUCGCUGUUGAAUGUCCUCUUGGGUGAGCUUUCUCCGUCAACGGGAACCUGUCGAGUUGCGGGGAAGGUCGCUUACGCUUCUCAAGAAUCUUGGAUCUUCUCUGGAACGGUUCGUCAGAAUAUCUUGUGUGGAUUGGAGUAUGAUCUCAAACGCUACAAAAAAGUGAUCAAAGCCUGUGCAUUGGAUAAGGAUUUUAGCCUCUUUCCUAACGGUGAUCAGACCGCGGUGGGCGAACGGGGUGUCUCGCUCAGUGGCGGUCAGAAGGCGCGAGUUAAUCUUGCCCGAUCCCUUUACGUUGAUGCCGAUAUUUACUUAAUGGACGACCCACUUAGCGCUGUCGACACCCACGUAGGACGUCAUUUGUUCGAUAAAGCAAUUAAUGGGUACUUACGUGACAAAAUCCGCGUUCUGGUAACCCAUCAGCUUCAAUAUUUAAAAGAUGUUGACCAGAUUGUCAUCAUCAAAGCGGGUCGUGUGGAAGCGAUGGGAUCCUACAAAGAAAUUAGUAAUAGUGGCUUCGAUAUUGCGAAAACAAUAGAAGAAGAAGAGCCAGAACUAGAGGAAGAUAAUCUGACGCGGUCUUUCUCCGAAUGUGAGAUCACAGUUCGAUUUCAAGGUGUGGGUCUAUUUCGAACUCAAUACGGCAGCGUGUGGGAUCUGUCGCAUCAAGAGGAGAAACCAACGUUUGCGGAAGAAACUCGCUCCUCUGGCAGUGUGUCUGCUAAAGUCUAUUGGGAAUAUUUUCGGUCGGGUGGCAGCUGCUUGUCACUGCUCACAAUUACCAUCACUUGCGUCUUCACUCAAGUUCUUUUCAGUGGAUCUGAUUAUUGGCUGACCUUAUGGACAAAUGCCGAAGAACAACGUGCUGCGAACAGAAAUAUAUCGGAAAACUCAACAUACGUAUCUGUUACUGAAAAUGGUUUCUUUAACGUCUCUUCUGUCACGGAAGAAAUUGCCAUUUUUUCCGGUGCAUGGUGGAAGGAUCCCGACACGUACACGGGCAUAUACGUUUUUACCAUCCUCAUUAUUUGUGUUUUCAUCUUCUCGUUGAUUCGCACCAUCCAUUACUUCAUGAUGUGCAUGAUCUCGUCGAUCAACUUACACAAUCGCAUGUUCCAGUCAGUUAUCCGCACACCUCUGCUCUUCUUCGAUCAAAAUCCAGUCGGACGUGUUUUGAAUCGUUUUGCCAAAGAUAUCGGAUGCGUAGACGAGAUGUUACCUUCUGCGUUCUUCGACGUUAUUACUAUUGCUCUGACUGCUGUUGGUAUCCUGUUCCUGGUUGGCCUGGUCAACCCUUGGCUAUUAUUGCCAAUCCUAUUUCUUUCAAUUAUUUUUGUCAAUCUUCGGCAGUUCUAUUUGAAAACAGCUCGCGAUGUGAAACGUCUUGAAGCUACGACUCGGAGUCCUGUGUUUACCCACUUGUCCUCAUCCUUGGUUGGGUUAACCACCUUAAGAGCCCAUCAGUGUGAAGGGAUCUUCCAAAAUAUCUUUGAUGAGUGUCAAGAUGUUCACAGCUCUGCUUGGUACAUGUUUUUGUCGACCACUCGAUGGUUUGGCAUUUGGCUGGAUUGGAUUUGCGUCAUCUACGUUGGCUGUGUUACCUACGCCUGCUUAGCACUCCGUGAUUCGAUGACGGGAAGUGAAGCCGGACUUGCGAUAUCAUCCGCAAUGGCCUUGACGGGUAUGUUCCAGUGGGGUGUAAGACAAUCAGCAGAAGUGGAAAACCAGAUGACGUCCGUUGAACGUGUUAUUGACUAUAGCAGAUUGCCCUCAGAAGCACCCCUAGAUUCGGCCCCAGGAAAGAAACCUCCAGACACGUGGCCACUGAGCGGGGCAAUCCAAUUUGAUGGAAUGUCUCUUCGUUAUAUUGAAGCUGACCAACCCGUUUUGAAAAACAUCACGUGUUUAAUUAGAGCAAAUGAGAAGAUUGGCAUCGUUGGUCGAACGGGAGCUGGUAAAUCGUCACUUAUUGCAGCUUUGUUUAGAUUGGCGGAGCCAGAUGGUCGCAUCAUAAUCGAUGGUGUCGACAGCAAAUCGAUCGGUCUUCAUGAUUUACGAUCGAAGAUAGCCAUCAUUCCACAAGAUCCCGUUUUGUUUUCGGGUUCGCUUAGGAAAAAUUUGGAUCCCUUUGGACUUUACAGCGACGAUGCCCUCUGGAACGCUCUUGAAGGCGCAAAACUGAAGGAGACGGUUAAGGAUCUAUCCGCCGGCUUAGAAGCAAAUAUGACUGAAGGAGGAGCUAAUUUUUCCGUUGGUCAAAGGCAACUCAUCUGUUUGGCACGAGCCAUUCUUAGACAGAAUCGCAUCCUUGUAUUGGACGAAGCCACAGCAAACGUCGAUCAAAAAACUGAUUCCUUGAUCCAGCUCACGAUUCGAGAGAGGUUCCGAGAUUGUACUGUCUUGACGAUUGCCCAUCGUUUGAAUACAAUCAUGGAUUCUGACAGGAUUAUGUUACUUGAUGCUGGCUAUUUAAAGGAAUUUGGUGAGCCCGCUGUUUUACUGGAAAAUCCUAAAAGCAUGUUCUAUAGCUUAGUAGAACAAACUGGACCUAUAGUGGCUACUCAAUUAACUGAAUUGGCCAAACAGGCUGCUGAACAAAGGCGCGGUGGGGUUAAAAACAAAACGGAUUUGACUAUGGAAACGAAUGGGAAUACCAUCCGUCAUCAGUUAUGUCCGAAAGCUUCUCAAGAACAAGGGUUAGAUGAAUCAGAUUUUGAAACGGAAAAAUUGAAAAUUGAAAAUUGUGACGUACACUUGUUAUCAAAGUCUUCCUAGAAAAUUUUGUAUCCUUGAAUACUGCCGUUCUGUUGUUUAUGAUGAAUGCAUAAUGGAAAAUAUAUCUAAAUACAAUUAAGAUCGGUUUUGAAUUUGCGUGGUGUAUCAUGUGUUUUUCCCCUUUUCUUGUGUAAGAAACGGCCAGCCGCAUUUCUUAAACUCGUUUGUCACACCUACCACCCUGUUUCCCUAUCGUCGUGA